UACACGUUAUGUGGGUUGUGCAAUAUACGUUGAUUUUUGAGUGACUGCAGAAGAAAUGGAGCUUGGGCUUGGGAAUAUAUGAUCUAAAGAUAAUAAAAGAAAAUAGAGAAAAACUACAACAAAAUGAUGACAGAAGAAUCCAGCUUACCCAUGGAACUGAAUGGUUAUGACAGCCAGGAUGAGAGGCCUCCAGAAAGAUGGGCUCCAGUCGGAGCUAGUGAACUUGAUAUGCCAUCUUGUUCCUAUGAUUAUUUUGGGGUAUUGAGUGAAGCAGAACGUCUCCAUCAUCUGGAAGAGGAGCAAGAACAACUAAAUUCUUCACUUAUUGCUCUCACAACACACUUUGCUCAAGUUCAGUUCAGGCUAAAGCAAAUUGUUGAUGCCUCUGCUGAAGAAAAAGAAGUACUUUUGAAAGAGCUGGAAGAGUUUGCAUUUAGGGGAGUUCCUGACAUAAGAGAUUACAAAUCAGGAUCUGAACUUCUUGUUUUGCAGACAGAACAAGAAUGUGAAGAGAAGCUAGCUCAACAGAGGAAAAAGCAGAAAGAACUAAUUGAUCAACUCAAGGAACAGCUUGAAGAUCUAGAGAAAUAUGCUUACGAGACAGGUGAGGCUGGUAUGCCACAGAGUAUGAUCAUGGAAAGGCAGUCUGUGAUUAUAGAACAACUAAAGGGGAAACUCCCAUUAGACUUAGAGAAAUUGGAUACUCUCAGUCCAGAAGAACUCCGAAGUCAUGUGGAUAAAGCCAUUCGGGAGCUGGUUUACCCUGUUAAGAUGAAAGAACAACUAGUUAACCAACUGAAAACACAGAUAUCUGAUCUGGAAAGGUUUAUUGAAUUUGUUCAAGGAGAAGCCACAGUGGAGGGAAAACCAAGAUGCACUUGCAACUGUCCUAUUCAUGGCCGGACUGUCUCCAUUGAUACUUCUGACAUAGGUAGUGGAUGUUGUUCACCAACCCAGCAAUACAGACGUAACCUGAGAGAUCAGCACAAUUACCCCAAGGAUAUGCAUAACAGAGGUGUCAAAAUCAUUAGGAGAGCCUUGAUGUUGUUGCAGAUGUUCACACUUGCUCAGUUUGGUUGUGGAGAUAAGACUUUCCAUAAAAACAUGCUGAAAAAGACAGAGAAGGGAAACCACUGGGGAGACCUGCGAGCUAACUUAGAAGUAGCUAUCACCAAAGUUGCCGAGUUAGGAGCUCAACAAGAGCCACAGAAUAUUGAUAGUGAUUACACUAGUGAUUCUGAAGAUACUCCAGCAAUUUUCUGUAAUGAAAAGUUAACAGCAGCUGUAAGAAAAGAUUUAGCCAGUGCCAUAAGGGAUUUAUUACAGCAUGGGUUAAUGCCUAUAGGACAGAGCACUAGUUUGGUGCCUAUCGGCUGUUUUCCUGUGCGAUCAGGAGCAGCAGCAUCUAAAAUGAUGCAUUCAUGGGAUCUGGUGCUAAAAUAUUAUGAACUAAAGAAUGGGAAACAGUACAACACCUCUCCAGCUAGGAAACUGUCUCAGAGUUUUAACCUUGAAAUUGUAGGAGGAACUGCUAUAACUCCAAAACAGACCCUCUUGGGAGCCAUAGACAACAUCAUAUGCACCCACACACCUUUAAAGAGGAGUAAGGAUUCCCAUUUCAAAGCUUUUAUUUGCUAUGCUUUGAAUGAGAAAAAAUUGGUGUCAUGGUUAAGACUUAUUUUGAGAAGCCGUACUUUGAUUGAAAGGUACUAUCAGCCAUGGAGCUAUGUUGUUAAGACAGGUUCACUUAAAAUGAGUGAUACGUGGGAUGAUGUGGACAGUGGUCCAACUCAAGAUCUGCACACAUUUUCUGUGAAUACAUCUGUAAAUAAGCCUGCUGAGCAAAGUUACAAGUCCUUAGGAGGAGUAGGGAUUGGUCGAGGGAGAGGUUUUGGCAAUAUGGCAUUUCUCAAAAAAUCCCUACCUAUUGUUGGUCAAGAGGCUUCAGACUGGGGCAGCAGUCAUACUAAUGGUCACGGCGGUAGUAAUUGGAAUGAAGAUUAUCAAACCUCGUCGUACAGAGCUGAAUGGAAUCCACAAUCUGAUGGAAAUCACACUUUUAAGCCUAGAAAUGGUGAGAACAGUGUAUCUGGUGGUAGAAUUGGUAACAGAUAUAGUUCAACAGAUGACAGUGAAAGAGAAAUUCCUCGAGGUGGAGGCACUGGUGGUCGUUCAAACAGAGCUUGCUACAAAUGCAAUGAAGAAGGUCACAUGAGUAGAGAUUGUCCAAAAAAUGAUGGAUCAAGACGGACUGAAGGAAAAGGAUGUUUUAAAUGUGGUGAAAAUGGACACAUGUCACGAGACUGUCCUAAUGCCGGUGGUGACAGAAAAAGUAAAUCUGGUUGUUUCAGGUGUGGUGAAGAUGGACACAUGUCACGAGACUGUUCUAAUGCUGGUGGUGACAGAAAAAGUAAAUCUGGUUGUUUCAAGUGUGGUGAAGAUGGACACAUGUCACGAGACUGUCCUAAUGCCAGUGGUGACAGAAAAAGUAAAUCUGGUUGUUUCAAGUGUGGUGAAAAUGGACACAUGUCACGAGACUGUCCUAAUGCUGGUGGUGACAGAAAAAGUAAAUCUGGUUGUUUCAAGUGUGGUGAAGAUGGACACAUGUCAAAAGAUUGUAAAAAUCCUGACAACCGUGUUGGAUAUGAUGGAAAACCAAGAGAAGCACCUUAUGUUCCACCUGAGCCCACAGAAGAUGAGAAUGAGUUAUUUGAAGGUGUACCACAGGGAAUUAAUUUUGCUAGGUACGAAGAGAUUCCUGUGAAACUGAGUGGUAGUAACGCUCCUAGCCCGAUCAACAGCUUUAAAGAUAUGGGUUUUCGAGAAACUGUCACAAAAAACUUAAGGAGAUGUAAAUAUGAUAAGCCAACACCGGUGCAGAAAUAUGCUAUUCCCAUCAUUAAAGCAAAACGGGACUUGAUGGCUUGUGCUCAGACGGGUUCUGGAAAGACGGCUGCCUUCCUCUUACCAAUGAUUCAAGAGAUGCUUGAUUCGUCAGAACUUCCAAACCCUUCUUUUAAGACUGUGCAAGAGCCGUUAGCGAUUGUGAUUUCACCAACACGUGAAUUAGCGAUACAGAUUUUUAAUGAAGCAAGAAAAUUUGCACAUGACAGCAUAAUAAAGACAGAGUUGGUGUAUGGGGGAACAUCGGGUGGCUACCAGCUUCAAAGAUUAUCAAGAGGAUGUCAUAUCCUUGUUGCUACACCUGGCAGGUUGUUGGAUUUUGUUGAACGUGGAAAGGUGGCUUUUUCCCAAGUCCGCUAUCUAAUCUUAGAUGAAGCUGACAGAAUGUUAGACAUGGGUUUUAUACCUGCUGUGAAAAAAAUGGUGGAUGAUCCUUCUAUGACUGUGAAGUCGGGACGACAGACUCUCAUGUUUAGUGCCACAUUCCCUGAAGAAAUACAGCGACUAGCAGCAGACUUUCUUAAGCCAGAUUAUUUAUUUUUAGCAGUUGGUGUUGUUGGCUCUGCUAAUAUGGAUGUGGAGCAAAACUUCUACCAAGUCCAGCAAUAUGACAAGAGGCAGAAACUCAUGGAAAUAUUAAAUGAUUCAGGAACUGAUCGUACACUAGUGUUUGUUGGGCAGAAGAGGACUGCUGAUUUCAUAGCAUCAUACAUGUCUCAGAAUGGGUUUCCUACAACCAGCAUACAUGGUGACCGACUACAGAGAGAAAGAGAGGAAGCUUUGACUGAUUUUAGAACUGGCCGAAUGCCAAUACUGGUUGCUACUGCAGUUGCUGCCCGAGGAUUGGACAUCAAGGAUGUGAGACAUGUUGUAAACUAUGAUUUGCCUCAAGAAAUUGAUGAAUAUGUUCACCGAAUUGGGCGCACAGGUCGUGUAGGAAAUAUUGGGAAAGCAACUAGUUUUUAUGAUUCUUCUGUUGAUUCUGCUUUAGCUAGGCCUUUAUUAAAGAUAUUGGCUGAGGCCAACCAAGAAAUUCCUCCAUGGCUAGAAGAAGAAGCUAAAUAUGCAACUGGUACUGGUGUGCCAUCUGUUGGAGGAGGUCGGGGCCGAUAUGGAGCUCGUGACUUCCGUGCAAAGGGAGCUUCUAAAAGAAAUGAUGACUGGGAAACCAAGGAAGAUGUUAUGUCCACGUAUGGAGGACCACCUUCUAUUAAUUACUCGGAGAACUUUAGCUCACCAGUUGUUGAUGAAGAAGAAUGGGGCUGAACAACCACCAAGUGAAGAGAUAUUCAAGAUAAAAGUUCCAACUAACUUCUGUUUUUUAAGUUGAUAAAGGUGACUUAAAUGUGUAUAAAAGUUUUCCAUUUGAAUAAUUUCUUAUACUUAGAAACUUUUAUUGUGUUUGUCAAGACUGUAUUUUAUCGCUAUAAAGUCAGUAAAAUAUUUUUGUUUUGUA